AUGAGUAUUCCUAUAUUUUUUGGUUUCUUGUGGGGAAUUGUAUCAUUCUUUCUCAAAGGUCCCGAUGAGGAGAAAAAUGAUGCGAUUAGAAAUACUGUAACCUUGGCUUUCGGUUGGAAUGUUGACACUGUGGCCUACAUUGGACCAUAUUUAUAUAGACCUAAUAAUGAUGGUUCAUCAAAAAAUGUACAUUUACCCAAUACUAUUGGAAUAGUUGUAUUGUCUUUAAUUUUAACAUCGUCGAUUGUUAUGAUAUUUGUUUCUGCGCACAAAUGUUACAAUCAGAUAAAAAUAUAUUCUGAUAAAGUUUCCAGGAAAACUAGAAGUCUACAAUUCCAAUUGUUUUAUGCGUUGGUCACUCAAACAUUGAUUCCUCUAAUUCUCAUGCAUCUUCCUGUCACAAUGCUUUUUGUUUUCACAAUUUUCGAUUUCGAUCUUGGACAUGCUAGUGCUAUUAUCACUGUAACUAUUGCUAUAUUCCCAGCAUUGGAUCCUUUUCCAGUUAUUUUUAUUAUUAAACAUUAUCGAAACGCAAUAUUACGGAUGAUAAAGAAACCAUUGGUGAUUAUUGUUCAGGCUCUACCGGAUACUAACACAUAA